UUCUAAUGUGAUUUUUAUCCACUUUUAAAGAUACCCUUUGAAGAAAUUAGCAAACUUGAUGAACAUGAUGGCAAAAAAGAUGAUCCUAAAAAUGAUCUUUGUCAUGCUUGUUUUUGUGCCUACUAUCGUUUUGUCAUCACAAGAUAUUAGUGCAUACCCACCUCCAUAUGGUGGUGAUGAUAAGGAUUCUUGUGGUGGUGGUGAUCAGUUGAUUCCUCCAAGGAAGGAAGUUUAUGAAAAUGGAAAAAUAUAUGAUAUCACACAUAGGAUUAGUUCACAGACACUUUCCGGGGUUUCGGAUGAAGGGAUUGGAGAUGGGUAUCUUAGACUUCAUCAAAGUAUGCAGAAUGGGUCAGUUUAUAACUUCUCAAUCAUAAAGUUACCUGCUCAUUCUGGGACUCAUGUUGAUGCACCUGGACAUUUCUAUGAUGAUUACUACCAAGCAGGAUUCGAUAUCGAUAGUCUUGACUUAGAAAUACUUAAUGGCCCGGCUCUGUUAGUUGAUGUUCCAAGGGAUAAGAACAUAACAGCUGAAGUUAUGAAGUCGUUGAACAUUCCUAAGGGAGUAAGGCGUGUGCUUUUCAGAACACUGAACACUGAUAAGCAGCUAAUGCGGCAAAAGCGAUUUGACACAAGCUAUGUGGGAUUUAUGAAGGAUGGAGCACAGUGGCUUAAGGACAACACUGACAUCAAACUUGUUGGUAUUGAUUACUUAUCGGUUGCUGCGUAUGAUGAUCUGAUUCCUUCUCAUCUAGUUUUCCUAGAAAGCAGAGAAAUCAUUCUGGUUGAAGGUCUGAAACUUGAAGGUAUAGAAGCAGGAAUAUAUAGUGUCCACUGUUUACCAUUAAGGUUAUUAGGAGCAGAAGGAUCUCCCAUAAGAUGCAUCCUCAUCAAGUGAUACAGGAAUUAAAAAUAGUAUGCAGAGCAUAUUUAUAAAUAAACCUUGUUUUCUGUCAGACUAGCAAUAGUAUGCAGAGCAUUACCAUAAAUAAACCAUUUUUCCUGUUAA